GCACUUGAGCUUAAGUUGAGCGGAGUUUGUUUUUGUUGUACUUGCAGUUUCACGACUUCUACUUUCUUUAGUAUAAUUUAGUGAAAGACAAAGACAACACACUAUUUUACUUAUUAAUUGCUUAUAUAAGUGUUCGUGCUUUUGUGAUAUUUUUAAUUAAUUAAUUGAAUAACGAAGAUAUUGUUUGUAAUUGGAUUACGGGGCAAGAGUUUUCUGCAGGCAGUGGGUCUGCGGAUGGUCCCGCGAUGGCAGGCGCGUGGCGACGCGUCUCGGCGCGAUCGCGUUCCCUACGCGGCUUGUUGCGGGACACCGCGAGGGCACUCCGUGACGUCGCCGAGGUGCUCACAUAUGACCCAGAAAUAUCUGACGUGGUCCAGGACAUCAGCUGCCAGUCGUCCAGGCCCACGGCUUUGGUGAUACUGGGCACCACGCCAACGGCCCGGGCUCGUCUCCUGCACUGUUUGCUGGGAAGGCGAUUACUACCGGAGCCACUGCCGAGAGGAUGCCGAUGGCUACACGUACAGUACGGCAGCCAUACGCAAGUGCAUCUGACUCUUGGUAAUUCAGAAUUCGAACUGGUUGAAGAUUUGGAAUGCAAUCAGGGACCUUGGGAGACACUGCCGCUUCAGGAUCUACUCCGACAAGACCAAGCUGACCUUGCAACGAUACUGGACGUGGAGAUCAACAAUCCACUCCUAAAGGACGGUCUCCGUAUCAUAGUGCCUCCGGAUAUUGACACUGAGUCGGGCGACACCGACUACAUCAAGCUGAAAGAAAUACAUUCGGAACUCUACCAGAAGAGAGACCAAAUCCUAAAAAACUACAGCCCUGUGUAUUUGUAUGCUGUGGACAGAAUAGGACGGAAUAUAUUCAGUGAUAACAUAAGUGAGAGUAGGAUAGUUGCGAGGAGCGAGGACGAUUUUUGGUCGACUUUCAACCUGUACUACAUGACUCGUGUUGGUGUUAGUGUUGUAGGUGGCGAUUGUGGUGACGGUGAUGUUGGUGAUAAGUGUGAUGAGAGUGAGUGGAAGGAGUUUAACGGUGAACCAGCUGUUUUUACAGCGGAGAACUGCCUGGACAUCCACCAAAUAAAAGAGCUCAAUCCCAACUCGCAAGUAUUUUUCGUUCUCUUCUCGGAUAGCACGGAUAUUCUUGCAGAGGAGAAAAGAAAAAACAAAGAGGUAGAGAAAAGACUGCAUCUUUGUGUGGAGGCUACAGAAUCCACCGAGGAUAGAUUCAAUGCUGAGGAAUUGCCGGAAUCAGAUCAAGUUUUAAUACAGGAUGGAGUGCUGAGGCAUAAGGAAGAAUCGCCGGAACAAAAUAAACCCAUGAUUAAUAGAAGACUGCACGAAGAACAAAUUGCAUUUAUGAACGAGCUGCUUGACCAGUGGGAGUUGAUAUUCAGACCGCCUCCAAAGCAUCAUGUGAAAAGCCAAUGGGCGGUACUAGAUGACACCGAAAUUCUACGUACAGCGGAACAGAAAGCUAAUGCACCAAAUUCAAACGAUUGUAAUACAUACACCGGCGAAACUUUAGCGAAGAGACGUCGUGAGGACAAUGAUAGGUCUCUGAAGAAUCGGCCUACAUUUUUGAAUUCCAUAUUGAAGUUCGCUACGGAUUGCUCUCAGAGUUAUCUAUUGGAACAUUGUACGAGGUUAAGUGAGGUGCACGUCAAACUCCUGCAACAGUUUAUAUUGGCUUCAUUCGAUAUGGCCCGCGAGCUUCAAGUCGUGCCGAAGAAGAUACAAUAUGUGGCGAAACAGGAGCAACAGUUGUAUGAGGUAAUAAACGAGAAGUUUUCACAAGGCGAGAAAAAACAGGAGCUCGUUCAAAUAAUGCAACAGGUGUUGCAAGAAAUGCGUUCAGAAAUCAAUAACAUGGAUUGGAGCGUUGAUGAUCUACCGUGUCAUCAAGACAAGCGUUUUAUAAUAUCAAACUCGAUCUUCUACUCCACGAGGAGCAGUCCAGCGGUGUCCCUCCAACUCGGCGAUCGGAAAAAUCGUACCGACUUAUCGGAUCCGAUCGAUUCGAAUCGGAGAGACUCGUCGCAGUCCGAUGUCGAAGAGGCUGUGUCCUACGAUAGCUACAAUUUCGAUGACUAUGAAAUAAUUCAUUCCAAUGACGAGAGUUUGAGUGUCAGUGAGUGCUACAGCCGAGUGAAGCCUAAAUCAGAUGACGCGACAUCGCUGGUCUCGCAGAUCGGCAUGAUACGAGUGGAGAACGAGUCGGAAGCUUUCUCGCUGUCGGCAAGCGGCCGUGGCUGGGGCGGCGCGCUCGACACCAGCGCCACUAACCUCACCAACGUCACCAACAUCACCAACACUACCAACCUCACUAACACUACCAACCUCACCAACACAACUAACCUCACCACCACGACUUGCACCAACAACGCCAACAUUUCAAUCAAGCAGGCCUCGCUUGAUGUACAACAGACUGUUCUCUCGAAAUUAAGCCGAAAAAUCAGUUUAAAGCUAGUCAAUUUCGUCGAUUGCUUGAAGGAUACUUACUUUGGAACAUUGCAGAGGUGCGUGCAGUCGCUGGAGGGCGUGUGCCGCGCGGAGCUGGGCGGGCGCGCGGCCAGCGGCGCCGUGCGCCAGCUGCUGGGCGCGGCACGCCACGUCGACCUGCAGCCCUGCGCCUGCUUCUCGCUGCUGCGCACGCUGCUCGACGCACUGCGCAGCCUCUUCUGCAAGUUGCGUAUUGUGGGCGGGGACGCGGAGGAUGCGUGUUGCGUGCUGAGCCCGGUUUGGCGGAGACAAGUCGCACUUCACACUAUACACUCGCUCAGCCCUCAAAGAUUAGCACGUAUCAUUUCUGGACAGAUACUGGAAAGGCUAAGUGUUGCGCAUGAAAGAUACCAGUGCGCCCUAUCGUCUUUAGAAACUGCAUUGGCCAAUCGCUUGCAUCACACUGAAGACGUCAAAUUGGCCAUCAGAAAGAAAUACGCCCCGGCAUUUGCGCGGCUAUGUCUCGAAAGUACGUCGAUGUGCGACCUCCUUAUGUACGGCACACCAGAACUUGGACGGGAGAUUGGUCGUGGUCAGUAUGGCGUGGUGUACGCAGUCCGCGGCAGCUGGGCGGGACACAGCCCGGCCGCCGUCAAGUCCGUGCUGCCCGCCGACGAGAGGCACUACCAAGAACUAGCCAUGGAGUUCUUUUACACCAGGAGUAUCCCGUCGCACCCGCGCAUCGUGCGACUGCUGGGCUCCGUGGUGCAGCGCGCGGGUGCGGGCGGCGCGCCGGGCGUGCUGCUGGUGUCGGCUCGCUACGCGCGCGACCUGCACGCCGCCGUGCGCACCGGGCUGACGUUCGCUGCGCGCAUGCGCGUCGCCUGUGACAUCGUGCACGGUAUCCGGUACCUGCACUCGCUGGGGCUGGUGCACCGCGACGUGAAGAUGAAGAACGUGCUGCUGGACGCAGGCGGGCGCGGCGCGCUGUGUGACCUGGGCUUCUGCGCGGCCGAGGCGCUCAUGUCGGGCUCCGUGGUGGGCACGCCCGUGCACAUGGCGCCCGAGCUGCUCGCCGGCGACUACGACGCUGCCGUCGACGUCUACGCGUUCGGCAUACUCUUCUGGUAUGUUUGCGCGGGAAACAUAAAACUGCCGACAGCUUUCGAAGCAUUCCAGAAUAAAGAGCAGCUGUGGAGUAAAGUCAAGCGAGGUCUACGCCCCGAACGCUUACCGCACUUUACAGAUGAAUGUUGGGAGGUGAUGGAGUCGUGUUGGGCUUCUGAGCCGUCACAAAGGGCUCUGCUUGGCGAUGUACAACCUAAACUCGAAAAAAUCCUAGAACAGGCAUUAAAGGACCAGGAAAAUGAACUCUGUGACACUAGGAACAAAGUCUGUAAUGUCUCGGACGAUGAAAGUCUCGAUAUGACUGGAAUUCACAGAAACGACACGUAGGGGUUUAGUGAAGCAAAAUUGAGCUUUAUACUGUAUAGCAUAAGGAUUGUGAUCUCUCGAUUAUUAUGUAUAUUAUCUGUUAAGUAAAUAAUUAUGUGAGUUUUAAUGAACUAUUUAAAAUGUAUUUUUAUAAUAAGGAAUCUGAACUGUGAUUUUUAGAUAAUUCCUUUUUUUCUGUAUAAAAUUGGCAAAAUUAUUAAAAAUGUACACCUCAUUGGCAGCAUUAAUUUCUUUUGAAGGUUCAUUAGGGCAUUGGAUUAGCGUUUGGUUAGGCGCUGGGGGCCGCAGGUUCGAAUCUCGCACGGAUCAAUUAUUUGUAUGGCCAAAAAGUAUUCUUUCCAGGUCUGGUUGUUCUGGAAUGAAGCUUCCAUGAUAAUGGAGAAAUUUAAAAACAAGCGAAGAAGAGAUCGAAGCAGAGUAAAUAGAAUCGAUAGGACACCUCGCCCUUCUCCUUUUUUUCCACCCUGUCCUACAAUUAAUAAUUUAUAUGUGGUAGGGCCACGCUACAGCUCUAUUAUAGUUAUAAUACGGAUGGGUCGGCUCAAUCGGGGAAGGACUAUGCUCUCACAGUGAGCGUAAAAUAGCAGCUUAACGCUUCUUGCUGCUUUUCGUAUGGUGAGUGUAGAGAACCGGAGACCUUUUUUACUGGAAACGAAGCAUUCCAUCUUAGUUCUGAGUGGUGACAACAUAUAUGCAUUUGACAGGUGUAGAUGUGAAUGGGCUAGCAUUUACUUACUAUUAGGUGGACUGUGUGCUUGUUUAUCAUACUUAUUCUAUAAAAAAAAAAAUUAUUUGUUGUUGUUAUUACUUUAGUAUGCCUGUUUAAAGUGAGUCGGAACGGAGACGUUAUGGUGGAUUUCGAACAAUAUGAUUGGGCCAUAUUUUUAUGUCUCUUUUUUCCAAUUUUUUUUUAAAAGUUUAAAUGUAUUCUUAGCGUAUGAAAUUUCUAAAGACUAACCGAUUGUGUUAACUGGUUUGUUUACUUUGAUCCAUUCGUUCAUUGAUUCAUUCGCUUUUUCAUUCAUUAUUAAAGUUUUUACUUUCACU